AUGAAAAUCAGUCGAGUUUUCCAUACAGCUCCGAAAAAGUAUGCUCGAUUAGAUUAUGCUCGGCAUAUGCCAAAAGAAUAUGUCAACAAAAUGAAACGGGUGGAACCGUUGAAGGAGUUUGACAACAGAUUGGGAGCACCAAAGAUCACUUACUGGAAGUAUGUAUUUUAAUUAAGGUUGUUAAUUUGACGGAUUCUUUCAACCUGACGUCAUUUUGGUCAAAUUGAUUUCUGACAUACGAAGCUUUCAAACGCUAGAUUGACAAGAUUAUGGUGAAUACCGUUAGUAUUAGCCGCAACUAGCUUUACUCAUCUUUUGAUCGGUCGUUCUGCCAACAACGAAAAAUUUAGUUCCUAAAAAGUUCAAUUUGACAACCAAAACGACAGAAUUAAUUUGACAUGGCGAAAGUGAAUUGGCAAUUUGACUGACGCGUCAAGUUGACAGUAUAACAAUCCUUUUUUUAAGUAAAUGUGUGAAAGCGAACUUUUAGGAUCUCCCCAGAUGAUUACAAACCUGGUCUUGCUCGUCCAUGGGAAAUCCGCGAGGCUAAUGAAGCUUCCAAGAGAGCAACUAGAAGAGAACAAGGUCAAUUAUUCUCCAAGUUUGUAAAAGAUCGCAGAGAAGUUGUUACAGUAGUGCCUUCUGAGAAAUGGACUUUGUUUCCUGGAGAUACUGUACAAGUAAUGGUUGGAAAAGACAAGGGAAAGCAAGGAGUUAUUAGCCAUGUUAUUAAGGAAGCCAACGUUGUUUAUGUUGAUGGGCUACACUUGGUAAAAGUAACCUUAACUAUGUAUGUUUUUGUAUAGGAAUUGAAUCAAGCCGAUGCACAGCAAUUAAAGAAACUGGACGCAUCGUAUCGAUACGAGAUGAAGCCACUGUUCCCAUUGAAAGGCCAGGUGCAACUUGUUGAUCCGAAUGAUGGGUUAGAAUCCAAUUGUAAUAUUAAAAUUCUCUUUUUAGCGAGCCAUGUACUGUCAAAUGGGUUGAAAAGAGCGAUGAGUAUAUUCGUGUGAGUAAGCGCACUGGAUUUGAGAUUCCGUUGCCGAGUCAAGCAUUCGUAACCUACGAAUAUAUCAGCCCAGCUACUUACAUCGGUAUUUUCUAUUCUUUUUAUUAUUAUUUUGUUUAGAAUGCAUUGAAAAGGACACUCCGAUGAAGUCGGUUAUGAGGAGGACAUAUCAGCCUAGAUUGAGUACAUUUGAAGACGAUGUCGCAGAAUCAUUCGGACUUCCAAAGCUGGAACAGAACAAACCAACGUACUGGUACUAG